GAGAGAGAUAGAACAUUGGCCUCGACAUGCGAGACUGGAUAAAAGACUGAUCGCCCCGGGUUGCCGAUCUAUUUUUAACAAAAGACGCUGAGUAAUAAUUAAAAAUUAUCAGAAUGCCCACCGAUCUGGUGGUGACUUCAGCGUCGACGACGGAGGAGAGCACAAGGUCCACGCGCGAGUUGUUGACAUCGAGGUCGUCAACAUCAUCCUGUUCGACGAGCAGCACUGGGCUACCCUCGCCGCGGACUUUUGACCCGUCAACUCUAGCGGCAUAUCAUCACCAUCACCAUGGAUUCGUCGCGGGUCUGGGGCACCCUCACCACCGAGAGUCCUCGGCGUUCGUCCCGGUCGUUCCAUCACGUCUUCACCUGGCCCCGUACCCCGGCGAGAUGCACGCACACCUGACAGGUCCCUCAUCUUCAUCUUCUUCGAAUCAAGACCAUGAUGCCUCAGAAUCCUCAUCAAGAAAGACGACAUCAAGCUAUGAAAUCAUGGCAAUGAUGGCGGACAAGCGUAAGGAGCUAGCUGCAGCUAGAGCACUCCUUCUUCCCCCGCCACCGCUUUUAGAACCACCUCCAGGAUAUCCAGUCUUCACCGGACCUUUUCCGGGCUCAUCUGCGCUUUACCCACCAGGUGGGCCGCUGACUCACCAACACUUGGACAGAAGACUGCUACGGGCUCCCGGCAGAGCCUCUCGUCCGAAGAAACAAUUCAUUUGUAAAUUCUGCAAUCGACAGUUCACGAAAUCGUACAAUCUCCUCAUCCACGAGAGGACGCACACGGAUGAGCGGCCAUACUCAUGCGAUAUCUGCGGGAAAGCAUUUCGCCGACAAGAUCACCUUCGAGAUCAUCGGUAUAUCCACAGUAAAGAAAAACCAUUCAAGUGCGGCGAGUGCGGCAAAGGUUUCUGCCAAAGCCGAACCUUAGCCGUCCACAAGAUCCUUCAUAUGGAGGAGUCACCGCACAAGUGCCCGGUCUGCUCGAGGAGCUUCAAUCAGCGCAGCAAUUUGAAGACGCACUUGCUAACCCACACUGAUCACAAGCCUUACGAGUGCACAUCCUGCGGAAAAGUCUUCCGGCGAAAUUGCGACUUGAGAAGGCAUGCGCUGACUCACGCAGUCGGCGACGUACCUCCGGAGGCACUCGAAGAGGCAUUACGGGACGACGACAGCCCUGAAGAGGACUGUCCCGACGUAGGUCCGUCAACAUCCGCCACCACGUCAGCCCCCAGAAAUUCUUCCUCAUCUACAGCAUAUCCUGGCACUUCCCAGAAUCUCCCCUCCCGACCGCAACUACAAAUCCGGCGGGAUCUUCUGCAAGUGAAACCGGAAACUGUAACGAGUAGCAAUGCCAUGACUGCACCACAAAAUUCAGCGCCACCAAACCUGGCGCCACCUCCACCCAUCCUAACUUCAUACAGGCGGCGAUUGGGAUCACCAGGGCCCUCCAGAAUGCUUCUAGAGUUGCAGGAACGAGAACGGGAGUGCGAGAGGGAGCUUGAGCGACAAAGAGAACGAGAGUGUGAGCGCGAGCUCGAAAGGCAGCGUGAGAGGGAAAGGAUCAAGGGCGAGGAAGAGGCACGAUCAUCACAAGUCCCAACGCCUCAACCACCACCGUCAAGACCAGCGCCUGCUAGGCAAGGUUUCACCAUUGCCGACAUCAUGCGUCGGUAAAUGAUGGUCAUAACACGGCAAAAAGAAUUGUAAAUGGACUGACCCUCGAUUAAAUCCAAACCUCGGAUUCACAGGGAUGAUUCGGCAGUGGGAAGAGGUGGACCAUUGACCAGUCAUCCAUCAUCGUGGGUCGUCAGGCUUCAUUAUUCGAAGGAGAUGACCCUCUUUGUGAGGUUAUUUCAUUUCAAAAUAACGGAUAUUUUUUUACAUCAUCGCGUGAGUGAAUUCUUGGAAAUAUUUCCGGUACUAGCGACAGGUUUAAAACAAUUUCAGAUUGAUGCGUCUGAGUGACAUUUUUACUUGUCAAAAAAGUGCAAUUAUCGGUACUUUAGUAAACCAGUGAUAUAUUGUAGAGGAAUCUUUUUAUUAUUAUGGGAAUCUUAAUGAUAAUGGGUGUGCAUAUUAUGACGCAGCUCAUGAGAUGAAAUUAGUGCCAAUUUUUUUGAAGAAACAUAAGGGUGGUUAGGAUUAUAUAAACAGAAGGGGUAAAAUGGACACUUCUCUUUCUUCAAUUUUUCUUUGUAACACGAGAACAUUCAAUUCAGUAGUGGAAUGUUGAAGGAGGAUAAAUGAAUUGGACUCCGAGCUCAGUUUUUCACAAAGCUCUUUGAAUUUAAGAGCGAUACAAAAAUAUAUUUAGCUAUUCCUAUUUCCCACUCCACUGCUGAACUCCGUUGGAUAAAAAAUUAGAAGACCUAUUUUACACCUUUUCUUCUUUAUCCUAAUACUAUUUAGAUGCUGUCACAUAUAUUAUGAAAUUGUGGCAACAGCCAUGUUUCACUUCUGACAUUCCUUAAAAACUGUCCGUAUUACCCCACGCUCCCCUAAUUUUUUUUUGUCUGUGAAAUGUUGUUCUGGUUCUUUUUGGAAUUUUACAUUUUUCUGGCGGACACAAAAGGAAAUGAAGGAUAAACAGGUAAAUAAGUGAAGUGGAAGGAAAGAAAAAGAAUAAAGGUAAUGAUGAGGGUUGGGAAACAGCAUUGCUGCCGUAAACAGUGGCAGGUGCGGCCGAGACUAGGGUCGACAGGUACUUUCGUACAAGGUGGAAUGCUUUUGUUAUCUCCCUCUAUACCUGAACUCUCUGCCCGUGCCUUUUAAGAAGCCGUUGUGUAUAAAUCAUUAUAGCAGACGGAUUUUCCGCUUCGGUGACUUUUUCGGGAUUGAGAAAACAAACGCACGUACAAAUCAAUUGAUCAAUUAUGACCGAUUUUUUUUCAUUAUCUAUUAGAGAAAUAGCCUUUAAGUACUCCAGCUUUCUUGCUGUGUGUCUCAUUUUUCCGAGGGAGUCAUCCGAGAUUGACAGCCACGAUAACAAUAUUCAUGAAAUGAGUUCAAACGUCUUAACAACUUUAGGUUAAAUACUAUGAUAAAUUCGAAACAUCUCUGUGAAAAGAUUGAUCAUUGUAUAUAUGUUACAAUUAGAGAUAAAAUAUUUGGGUUGAAGAACAAAAACCUUUCGCUAAAGGAAAUCGUAUUACUUAUAUGUGAUAAUUUGAUUCAUGUUUGUCUGUUUCUAUAUUAUUCCUUGUUUUGUCGUUCGAUCGAAAGAACUAGUUUCGAGGACAAAGAACUGUUAAAAAUUUUAUUAUAUAGUAUUACAAAUUUAUAUAACAUGAAAGCAAAAGUAUCGAAAUUAUUAGUUUCAGGUACGAUUUGUAAUACUUUGAAGAGAGAAGAUGAAACGUCUCCGUUUUGAUUACUGUUAUCGUUGUCUCUACGAUAUUGAGUGCUUGAAUAUUUUUAUAAGCGCAUUUACUUUUAUUUAGGGUAAUGAGAGUGUCAAGGUGAAUGAACAAUCACAAAAAAAUGUAAAUUAUUAUAAGAAACUUGGACUAUUGAAUAAAGUACUGUGAAAUAGG